UCACGCCCCACAUCAUCCUAUGCUCAUCCUCACGCCCCACAUCAUCCUAUGCUCAUCUUCACGUUUUCUAUUGCUCCACCCAUUGGAACCAGACUUUAUGUAAAAGUGGGAGUACAAUGGAAUAACAAGGAAUAACAAAGUGUAGUCUCAGCAAGCACAUUACUUUUCCGUUCUGCCUUUUUGGCCCUGUUGUUUUUAUGCGAAUAAAGGUAUACCAUAUAAAACAAAUCAGGACAGCUGAUGGUUUGGUACAAGUUUAUAUUUGCCUAAAGAUAAUUUGUUUGUCCGACAAGGUGGGAUCUUUUUGUGUCGGUAAAAUGUAUUCUGUGAGAAAUGGUGGUGGAAACUCAUUUAUAUGCAAAUAUUGAUAUAAUAACCAUCAUAUCAAAGUAAACCUGGAUUCACAUGAUGAUAUGGUGUGUGGUCCUUCCACUAGGAUUUGGGAAACCAUGCAGUGUAUUAGGUUACCGAUGAAAUAAGUUAUUCUGAACUUCACAGGGUGGUGAAAGUGCAAGGUGAUGAGUUUGAUGCUCCUUUCCAAUAAAUAUUGAGGGUUAUAUUCUGGUGACAGGAUCGAUGCUUGACUGCCGUUCUCGAUUUUAUCAGUAAUAAUCUCAUGUAGAUUAGCCUACCCACACUGUAGAAUAUCUUCCAGCUGUUGGCUAGAGCACAUGUACCAAGACCAGAGUAGGGACAUUUGCUAUUUAACCCAACAGUUUUAGUCAAAAAUACAAUGGAAACACAUUGAACUAUUUAUUUUUAUUCAGUACAUUUAAACUUAAGCACUGAUUUUUAUCUGCAAGUCCGUUUGGUGGAAACACACCACUGGUGAAAAAAUGCACAUGUUUUCUUCAUGCAUAUUUUAGAAUAUUCGCAUGAAAAUAUGUCGCCAAUUGGAUAGAAACCUAGCUGCUGUCACCAUCGAAAUGUUUCAAAUCUGUCUCAGCAGCAUACAUAUUUGAUGCAACAAGGGUAGAAAUAGCUAAUUAAAGCAGAGCUGUUUCAUCAAGGUACAAAUAUCCUGUGCUUUUUCAAUUUGCACACAGGCACAUAUAAACACAGCUUGGCUACAUUGUAACCGUGACGCGGCCAAGGUGCACUCUCAUGGGGCUCAGCCAGGCUGUUUACUUUUGUAACUGAAUGAAAACAACAUUUUGACAAUGUGGUUUAAACCAAUUUAUUUUGGGGAAAUGGUUGGCAAAAAUGCCAAAUGGUGCUAAAUACCUGUAAACAGCUUGGGGAGAAAAGUUAUUUCACAGAUGUAAUAUUAGGCCUAAUGAUUAUUUCUCACUAUCUACUUGUCAGCUACUCAUUGACAGCCCGCCAGCUACCGGACACGCGGUUUCCCGCAAAGGUGGUAGGCUGAUGGAAGGCUACUCAAGUCAGUGGGAGAAUCUCAAGUGUAAACUCCUCACGUCCCCUCUCCUCGCCUCCUUCUCAAAUCGCAUUGGAUGAGAAAGCCAGAGGUCCCGCCCCUCUGACCUUCUCCUCCAAUGAGUUUUGUGAAGGAGGUGAGGAGAGAGGACUCCAGCAAUUUGAGGUUCUCUCAAGAGGCUGCGAUACAGCAAAGCCUUAUCAGACAUGCUCGUGCUCAUCAAGGUUCUUACAGGCAACGUGAAAUGGCAAACUUUGCUCGUGGUGCUGCCUCUCAAUGAUAUGUAACAACACCCUGUGUGCAUCCGACAUGAAACAGUGAUACAAAUGUUCGUUUUUUUAACACCAGUGGUGCAGCGAGUGCUUUCUAACUGCACUGAACCAAAACGGUGGAGCAAGGGAGUGAAGCAUCGGUUUCAAACCUUACUCCCAGCGGCCAGCCUGCUGCAGCUCAACGGGGUGAGGGACGCCUGCUGUAAGUUCCUCCUCAGCCAGCUGGACCCCUCUAACUGCCUGGGCAUCCGCGGCUUCGCAGACACACACUCCUGCAGCGACCUGCUCAAGUCGGCGCACAAGUACGUCCUGCAGCACUUCGUGGAGGUGUCCAAGACCGAGGAGUUCAUGCUGCUGCCGCUGAAACAGGUAUUGGACCUGAUCUCCAGUGACAACCUGAACGUGCCGUCGGAAGAGGAGGUAUACCGGGCCGUGCUGAGCUGGGUCAAACACGACAUUGACGGGCGCAGGCAGCACGUUCCCUGGCUGAUGAAGUGUGUACGCCUGCCCCUACUGCGGAGGGAUUUCCUCAUGAGCAACGUGGACACGGAGCAGUUGGUGCGUCACCACUCGGAGUGCAAGGACCUGCUCAUCGAAGCCCUCAAGUACCACCUGAUGCCCGAGCAGAGAGGCGUGCUGAGCAACAGCCGCACCCGGCCUCGUCGCUGCGAGGGCGCCAGCCCCGUGCUCUUCGCCGUUGGUGGGGGCAGUCUGUUUGCCAUCCACGGCGACUGCGAGGCCUACGACACGCGGACAGACCGCUGGCACAUGGUGGCCUCUAUGUCCACCCGGCGGGCACGGGUGGGCGUGGCGGCCAUAGGAAACAAGCUGUACGCAGUGGGAGGGUAUGACGGUACCUCCGAUCUAGCGACUGUGGAGUCCUACGACCCGGUCACCAACUCCUGGCAAUCCGAGGUUUCCAUGGGGACGCGACGGAGCUGUCUGGGUGUGGCGGUGUUGCACGGCCUCCUGUACGCGGCCGGCGGUUACGACGGAGCUUCCUGCCUCAACAGUGCAGAGCGGUACGACCCUCUGACCAGCACCUGGACCUCCAUCGCUGCCAUGAGCACCCGAAGGAGAUAUGUCCGUGUGGCCACUCUGGAUGGUAGUCUGUAUGCAGUAGGAGGGUAUGACAGUUCCUCACACCUAGCUACAGUGGAGAAAUAUGAACCACAGAGCAACGCGUGGACGGCAAUCGCCAACAUGCUGAGCCGACGCAGCAGUGCCGGGGUGGCUGUGCUGGAGGGCAUGCUCUACGUAGCCGGGGGAAAUGACGGCACCAGCUGCCUGAACUCAGUGGAGCGGUUCAACCCCAAGACCAAUGCCUGGGAGGGCGUGGCGCCCAUGAACAUCCGCAGAAGCACCCAUGACCUUGUGGCCAUGGACGGCUGGCUGUACGCAGUGGGCGGCAACGACGGCAGCUCCAGCCUCAACUCCAUUGAGAAGUACAACCCGCGCAGCAACAAGUGGGUGGCGGCCUCCUGCAUGUUCACGCGACGCAGCAGCGUGGGCGUGGCCGUCCUGGAGCUGCUCAACUUCCCGCCGCCCUCGUCGCCCACGCUCUCCGUGUCCUCCACCAGCCUUUGACACGGGGCUAGGUUCCGGCUGACCUCAGCCCCCGCCUCGGUCACCGCCGCCCCCGCACAGCCAGGCCCAAGCAAGAGACGUAACUGCUCUGUGUGAAGGGGGGGAGGGAGGGAAUGGAGGGGGUGCAGUUAAACAGAGAAGAGGUGUUGAGGUUGGAAGAGCGAAGGAUGGGGAGAGAGAGAGAAACACAGAGGUUGCUGGUGGAUCUUUUGCGGUCUCGUUUCCUGAGGUCUCGCUGUAUUACCGUAAAGAUACCAGCUCCUAGUCUCUUGAAGAACACGGUAGAGUUUUCCUUGGAGAAAGAUAAAAACAAACUAAAAAACAUCCUCCCUUUAUCCCUCUUUCCCUUUGCAAUCCAAUGCUUGAAACACAGUCUCUGAAGACAGUCACUUUGUGUAUCAUGUGUACUGUAAAUGUCACCAUUUUUGCAAUAAUAUAUGGAUAUUGAAAUUAAUUAUUUUAACUAAGGAAUGUAGCUAUAGACUGGUUCUGCCAUGCAUGCUUAUCGUGUCCUGGCCGGCAGGAAUAAAAAUGUAUAGUGCUGCUGAAUGUGUCACACUAGGUGGCAGUAACGGCCAAUGUUGUUUACCGUCCAACCCCACAGACGCACGUGGGGAGGAGGGUGAAGUUACCCCUAGACGCUGAUCUUGGGUCAGUUUAGCAUUUUCCCCACGAAUGGUUAAGGUUAGGAUUGGGGAAGGGGGAGCUGAUCCUAGAUCUGUACCUAGGGGAAACGUCACACUGAAAAAUAGAUCUAUUGAUACUAGAUCUACCGUUACUCGAAACUGUAGAUUUGUUUAAAUCCCUUUUUUUAUAUAAAAAAAAAACAAUUACGUUGAAUUCUAUUUCUUAUUUAUUAAAUGUAAAACAAUCUAUAGCUAAUAUAUUCAGACAAUUUCCAAGAUGCUUUAUGAAAAGCAAAUGGACCACUGCUACAAUUCAAGAGAGACGUAUUGUUUUUAUUUUGUUGCGUUAACUUUGUGCAUAUCAUGGAUGGAAGUGUGUCAUCGAAAAUGUCAAAGUGUGACACUGUUAGUCAUUCAGUUUGUGCUUGAGAGUUGAGUGUAUGAGUGAAGAGAGGAUUGAUAAGGAUGUCUUAAACUGAAGACGAUAUCAGGGUCGUAUUCAUAAAGUAUCUCAGAGGAGGAAUUCUGAUCCCGGAUCAGGUCAUCCCUCUUAUUCUGAAUGAUUUAAAAGGCUACACUGAUUCUAGAUCAGCACUCCUACUCCGAGACGCUUAACACAUACGGGACCCCGGUCAACUGAAAUAUCUCUUUUAUUAUUUGUAAAUGGAAAACAGUUGAAAGAUAAAGGUUUAUUUUUUUCACGCAGUGGUUCAUGUAACCAUGAGAGAAAUUAGCUGAUGCAUUUACAGGUCCUCGUGGAUAUUCUUUUGUGUGUUGGUACCUUGACUGUAAAUGUAAGUCUAUUUUUUGUGUUUGUUUUUUUUAUUGCCAUGUCACGUGCAUGACACCACCAAUGUCAUUAAUCGUUCAUGAGGGCGGCAGGGUAGCCUAGUGGUUAGAGCGUUUGACUAGUAACCGGAAGGUUGCAAGUUCAAAUCCCCGAGCUGAGGUACAAAUCUGUCGUUCUGCCCUUGAACAGGUCGUUCCUAGGCCGUCAUUGAAAAUAAGAAUUUGUUCUUAACUGACUUGCCUAGUUAAAUAAAGGGAAAAUAAAUUAA